AUGACGACCACUCCCUUUAGACUUUUCGAUACCGGCCAGUCUCUCGUCGACGUCUCCCACCAGUAUGCCGCUGCCUCUCAGACCCAACGAGCUCCCAUCGAGGGAACAACUCCGAGUCUUCCGCCCAUCGUCGAUUCUGCGCCCGAUACGAUACCGUUUCUCUCUGCUCCCGCUUCCACCCCCUCGAGAGACCCAAGUGCACUCGCUAUGCGUUUCCCUUCGCUCGAGCCUGAGACAAAGCCCGCUGACCCAGAAUCAGCUGCGUCUGGCACGAACUAUCGGCCUCUCUCAGCCGUCGAACAUAACAGACCGUACGCCUGCCCGUGGAGGAUUUCUUGUCAAGACUACCAACAGCUGUCUCGCGACCUGUCUGCGUUCGGCGAGCUCCUGCCACCCAACUUCCAUUGCCCUUCACGACCUACACUGUCCCGCUACCUCGAGGGCUAUUUCCGUGGUUACCACGACCAUCUCCCGUUCCUCCAUACCACGAGCUCUACAACAUCUCUUGGCAUCGAACUCGUCAUUUCUAUAGCGGCUGUGGGUGCGCUCUACCGAUUUGAGCACGCCAAGGGCUAUGAGCUAUAUCGUGCCGCCAAGGUAAUAGUGAACAAACGGUUCGAUGAAUGGAAUGAAGAGGCCACGGCCAAUCUUUCGGGCUCUGCUGAGGCUGGAUAUACCGGGUUCGCCUCAAGUCUGCCUGACGGUCAACCCUCGUUGGUUACCAGCCCACAAAAGAAAGCCCCGUCGCAGGCAAUACGCGGCCGGUGUGGCUUUAGCAGCCUUCGUCUUCUUCAGAGCCUCAUUGUUUUGAUGUCUUUGACGUCAUGGAGUGAUCGUGGACUCAUGCGUGAUGCGCUCUCUAUAGCAAGUCAAGUUGCUAUGGUUGUCCGAGAACUAGGUGUCAGCCAGCCGGAAGGCGAGCCUCACUGGGAUAUAUCCUGGGAUGUGUGGAUGCAGGUAGAAGAACGUCGUAGGACUCUCUUUGUGGCAUAUAUUGUCUUGAACCUCCAAUGCAUGGCUUUCAAUGUCCCUCCUCUGCUUCUCAACCAAGAUGUCUCCAUUAAUCUACCGUGCUGUGCUACAAUCUGGCGAGCACCCUCCGCCACAGAAUGGGCUGCUACUGUUCACUCGUCUGCUCACCCAAGAAACAAAUCCUUCCAGUUAGCGUUACAAGAGCUGUACGCAGGAAAGGUCCAAGGCCGGUUCUCGGCCUUUGGGAACUACAUCAUGAUUCAUGCUCUUUUCCAGCAAAUUUUCUUCGCUCGGAACGCCAACACUUCAACCCCAAACACGCUCGACCCAGAAUUCAUCCGGCACAUCGAGGUAGCCUUGCGCUCAUGGCAGGAAUCAUGGGAAGCAAGCUACGAUUCAACCCUGGAUCCUUCCUCGCCCAAGGGCCCCAUCGGGUUCAACUCGACCGCCGUUCUCCGCCUCGUCUACAUCCGCAUCAAUGUCAACACUGGGCCCAAACGCCAACUCAUCACCAGCAACCCGGAAGAGAUUGCGAGUGCGUUCGCCGACGGCCAGAUUCAGAUCGGCAACAGGUCGCCGCACCUGGAUCGCGCGGUGCUGCAAUGCAUUCACGCCCUCAGUGUGCCUGUGCGGGUCGGGGUCGCUUUCGUUGCGCGGACUCAAACGUUCAGUUGGAGCAUCCAGCACGCGUUGUCAAAUCUCGAAUGCGCCCUUUUGCUCACACACUGGCUGCGCUCAAUCGCUCAAAGCGUGGAAGUGUCAGGGCCCGAGUCGCUCCGGUCCGACGAGCGCAAGCUUCUGGACAUGGCUGUGAGCCUUGUUCUCGAGACGGAAAUGGCCGACGCCAUCGAGAACAUGCAGUAUGACGACGUAGGUAUCCGGCGGCUUGCUGCCUCGACGGUGAGGAUCUGGGCGGAAACCUUCAAGGGGUUCCAGGUGUUUGAGAUAGUCCAUCGUAUUGGCCUGGGGCUCUGUCUUGUAGCUGACAUGCUGGAUAGAGAGAUUAGAGGCUCCUCAUGA